AUGUUGCGAGGGUGCACUUUCAAGAAUGCCUUAUUGAGGUCCACAGGACCGUCUAUGGGCCUCUGGCAGACGCUGCCAGGCGCCAAUGUGGCGAGAACUUUGGCGAGAUCUGGCGUGGAUUGGGUCAUGGUAGACUGUGAACAUGGCAAUAUCGAUGACGCUGCCAUGCACGAUGCUGUCCCAGCCAUUGCCAGCUGCGGUGUUAGUCCACUGGUUAGAAUUCCAGACAUGCAAGGAUGGAUGAUCAAACGAGCAUUGGACUGCGGAGCUCAUGGUAUACUGGUCCCGCUUCUCCGAACCCCUGAUGAGGCCAGAAAGAUAGUGGCAGCAGCAAAGUUCCCUCCCCAGGGUCAGCGGGGGUUAGGCUCUCCAUUCUCCAUGGAGCGCUUCAACCCGAUACCUACCAUGACAGAGUAUCUACAGAAGGCUAACGAGUCUCUCUUGACGAUGGUCCAAAUAGAAACGCAAGAGGCCCUGGAUUCGGUCGAGGAGAUAGCCGCAGUGCCUGGGAUCGACCUUCUGUUCGUGGGGCCUUUCGACCUGGGCAACAACAUUGGCCACCCCAUUUUGGACGGAGUGAUAAAACCAGAGCUGGAGGAGGCCAUCGAGCGCAUCCUGGCGGCCACCCACAAGGCCGGAAAGAAGGCUGGUUUCUUCGCCACUAGUGGUGAGCAGGCGAAGAAGUACGGCGAUAAGGGAUUUGACAUGGUCAGCGCUGCGUGUGAUACUACGGCCCUACAAGCCACGAUCGCCGUAUCGUUGAAUGCUGCUCGGGGGUUGGGUAAGCCUAACACUGGCGGGACAUACUAG